UGCCUAGUAUAAUUUAGAUUAAAACUUAAAUAUUUAAUUUAAUACUAUUAUUUUGUUUAUAGAAACCUCUUUUUUACAAACUCACCAAUAAAAUAUCUCUUAAUUAAGCUAUUUUAAGAAUCUACUCCAAUACUGAAACACAUGUGUCACGUAUUUAUUGGUUCUCUUUUAUAAAGAAAAAUGAAAAGUAAAUACAUUAGUAUAAUAUUAAGAGUCGUAGUUUGAAAAACCAGGCUCCUACGUAACGGACAUUAAGCAUAUUCAGGGGAGCACCGUAGCCUACUGAUUAAGGUUUAAAGGUUUAUACACCCAGAUUUGAGGUUCGAAUCCCGGACUAUGCAAAUUUGUUGCAGAUUACAGGAAAUCCAGAUUUCAAGUCUCGGAGAGAGCGGUUUAUUAAAAACAAUUAUGCAGACUACAUAAAAAUGACUUACAAGGGAUCUUCAAUAUGAUGCAAGUAAAUCUGGUCAAGCGUGGAUCUUCAUAGGACGGCUCAAGUGAUGCAGUUAGACGUAGGUCUUCAUAAGGCAUGUAGUAUUGUCGGUUGUUGGAUCGUCUAUGUAAUUUUCUCAUAUCGUAAUUGUAAGAUCAUAAUAAAUUAGCGUUACAAAAAAAACAUAUUCAGUGCAACUUAAUCAAUGUCAGGACUCAGGCACUAAUUCUAACUCUUAGCUUUACAUUAAUCAAUGAUUAUACGCACGCGUUUCUUUUCCGUGCCGUUGAACUCAAUGCUUUUGUAAAUAAAUAAUCAAAUUAAUGUAAAGGUAACUUUUUUCUGCACCAUUUUGCGCCUUACGCAUCUCCUUGUAUAAGAAACCAAACCACCACAUGAAAACAACACCCGAGGACAUUCUUUAACCACAAAACAAACAGAGAAACAAUGUCUGAGUUUCUCCCGGAAGUGUUGGCCGUUGAGAUACUCGCAAGGCUAUCAAUAAAGGAUCUGUCUCGAUGCAGAUGCGUAUGCAAGACAUGGAGAUCUCUCAUCAACCACCGUGGCUUCGCCGAAAGGUACCUAGACAUUUCUCCGGUGAGGUUCGUAUCGUUUUACGACAAGGGUUUCUACUUGCUUGACGUAGAAGGCAAAAAUUUAGUCAUCCAAAAUCCACAGAAGCUUGAGCUUCCUUUGGACGAGUCCAUGAUCGAUGAAUCCACAUGUGUACUUCAUUGUCAUGGGACGUUGUGUGUGACCUUGAAGAAUCACACAUUAAUCGUGUGGAAUCCAUAUUCCAACCAAUUCAAGAUCGUACCAAAUCCCGGUAUAUACCGUGAUUCAAACAUCCUUGGUUUCGGUUAUGAUCCGGUUUCCAACGAUUACAAACUCGUAACGUUUAUCGACCAGAUUGGUUCCUCCACGGCACAGAUUUUUGAAUUCAGAACCGGUUCUUGGAGAGAGAGCGUACCAAUUCCUUAUCCUGAUUGGCAUUACAGAGAGAGAAUAGGAACAUUCUUGGAUCAGUACCUCUAUUGGAUUGCGUACCGGUCUAAUGUGGACCGGUUCAUCCUAUGCUUUAAUCUCUCAACCUAUGAAUACCAGAAAUUAGCUCUCCCGGUUUACAAAGAAGGUGUCACGUGUUCUUGGUUAGGCGUUACAAAAAAAAACCUUUGCGUUAUAGAGUAUGUAACGUGCGAGAAGGAGAUUCGGGUUUCGGUUAUGGAGAAAACCGGAUCAUGGAACAAAAUUAUAAGCCUUUCAAUGUUGGACUUUAUCGAUGUGCAAGAUCGUAAAUGCGAUUAUCAAGUCGAGUUCGUGUCGUUUACGAAAAAGAACGACUUAUUUGUAACGUUCACUGGGUACAGCGAUGAUUUCGAGACGGGAGCUGAAGAUCGUGAGAAGAAGAAGAUGUUCUUAUACAAAACCGUUGAUAAUACAAUCAAACAAGUCCGGUUAUGUAACUCUUUACCCGGGUUUCAGUUUCUUGGUGAAUAUGUGGAGACUCUUGUGAUUGUUGAUCGUAUAUUUAUUUGAACCAAGAAAAGAACAUUAGCUUUGCUCAUUAUGAGAACAUAUAAUUAGCUUUGUGUUGCACUACUA